AGUUGUCUACAGCCCAAGGCCUUGGAGCACCUAAGUGAGGCGAGGACGAGGACAAUGGGGUCGAGCAGGCUUUUGCUAGUAGCGGCCAUCGCCGUCUUGGCCCUGGUUUGCUUCCACGUCGGCGGAGCGAGGGGUUUCAGCAUUGGCAGCAUUUGCAAUCCGCUCCUGUCGGCUCGGGGGCCGUGGAUAAAUGGUCAUUCCACCUUCUACGAUGACCAUGGUCGCGGCGGAGCUUGUGGAUAUGGGGCACUCGGAAGUCAGCUGUAUGGGACCCGAUUUGCUGCGGGUUCGCCGAGAGUGUACUUGGGAGGAUUGGCGUGCGGAAUGUGCUUGGAGGUCCGAUGUGUCGGCAGCAGAGCCUGCAGACGCUCUAGCGUCCGUCUCACGAUCACCGACUUGUGCCCCCCUGGCUACCCCAACACGCAAUGGUGCGGUGGAGGAAAGCUUCACUUGGACAUCGGCAAAGACGCUUUCCCCAUCAUCGCGGAUCCGAGGGCGGGACACGUUCCGAUCCAAUUCCGCAGCGUGCCUUGCGCACCCUACAAGGUCCUGAAGCUGAAUCUGAGAGGCCACAGGUGGUGGCUGGAGGUCACGGCGCUGGCCAUUCCCGGGAGCGGAAGAGUAUUGAAGAUGGAGGUUGCAGGGAAAGGCGGUCGCUGGGUGAGCAUGAAGCGCGCAUUUGGAGCUGCUUGGUCCACUGCAGGGUCGACUCUACAGACGCCUAUCUCAGUACGUAUUUCCAUAUUCGGAAAGUUGUGCAAGCUCAUUGCCAAGGACUGUAUCAAUGGACAGAUCUACAAUGGAAGGCAGCUUAGCUGCGCAUACACCGUCGGAUACUGAGAAACCACCGCCCGCCUCCGGUCUCCGCUGCUUCUCUUUCUCUCUCAUCCCCAGUGCUUCGUUCAUUUCACUUU